CUUUUUUUAGUUAGAAAGUCACUGUGACUAUAAAAUCAUCGCAAUAUUCAACUUUAAUAAUGACAGUGUUAUAAAACAAACCAAAAAGGUUUAAACAGAACUUACAGCAGUUCACAUGUGCUGCGAUCUUCUGCGGCUAAUAUCAUUGCAACGCUUCUGUGCAUUCUCCGUAUAUUUGAAUUUGAUACUUUAUCAUGUCGAACAGCGAAGUUGGCGUCGGUGCGGUACGCGGUGGCGGCGAUUCUGUAAAACAAGCAAUAAUCGAAGAGUUGCAGAAUCUUUUAAGCUCGGAUACAACUGUUUUGCAACAGGCGGAAAAGCGUAACAAGCAAUUGCAAUAUACUGAAGGGUAUGGAGUCUACUUGUCAGAGAUAAUAAUGAAUCAAUCCCAUGAGUUACCAUUGCGCCAAAUAGCUAUUAUAAUGCUGACGCGAUAUGUGGAAAACCAUUGGACAGAUCUGGAAGAAACGGAUAAAGCGAGUGGACAUAUGGCCACCGAACAAGCCAAGCGCACAAUUCGAAAUAUAUUGCCAAAUGGCCUGUACGAUCCCAACUCUAAAAUACGCUCAUCGGUGGCACACACGAUAUCCACAAUUGCGGCCACAGACUAUCCACAUUGCUGGGCAGAGCUGUUUGACAUUAUAGUCAAAUGUCUGGGAGGCAAUGAGGAUUCCAUACAUGGAGCUAUGCAAGUACUGCAAGACUUUACCUACGAUGUAGAACAAAUCAAGGAGCUAGGUCCUGUGGUCAUACCCGAGGUAUAUCGCAUUUUCGAUUCGGAGCAGAAUUAUUCCAUUAAGACGCGAGUUUCUGCGAUACGAACGUUGAAGCAACUUUUCAUGUCUAUCUCAGCGCUGAUAACUGACAAGCAAGAGCAAAGCUCCAUGAUGAGCUCAAUUCUGUCAAAUUUUAUGGACAAGCUCGUCCACUAUCUCAGCAUGAAUUGCGGCGCUGGAUCCAGCUUUCUGCUGCGUUCCGAAAUCAUAAAAGUAUUCACUUAUCUGGUGACUGAUAUGCCGAAGUAUAUAAAUCCAUUUAUGGAACGCAUAUUGCCAAUUAUUUGGCAGUUGCUUACACAAAUAGCGGAAACUUAUGUAAAAGUAUCUGUCAAUCAGACGGAAGCAAAUCCCUUAGCAACCAGCGACUAUGAAGAAGAAGAUGAGCAGACCAAUUUCCAAACGCUGAUAAUACAAAUUCUUGAGUUCAUUAACUGCAUUGUCACCUGCGGCAAGCUGCGUGGCAAUAUUAAAAAUGUUCUUGCGGAUUUAAUUUACAUAACUAUCGUGUAUAUUCAGCUCGGCGAGGAGCAGCUCGAGGACUGGCAAGAGGAUCCAGAGAAGUUUGUUGACGACGAAGACGAUGGCGGCGUCGAGCUAACUGUACGCAUGUGUGGCCGUGAUGUUCUGCUGGCCAUUAAUGACGAAUUCGGUGUGAAAGCCAUACAACCGUUGCAGGAAGCUCUGGGGCGCCACUUUAGUGUAGCAGAGGCGGAGAAAGAAGCAAACAAUCCAAAUUGGUGGAAAAUUCAUGAAGCUUGCAUGGAUGCUGUUCACGGUUUUCGCGACAUAAUACUCGAGGGGGAUUCCAAAUUUGAUUUGCUUAACUAUCUGACAAUUGUGCGAAAUUUGUUGGUACAUCAAGAAUCGCCUCAUCUGGUCGGCCGCGCCCUCUGGACCCUCAGCACGUACUCCAAGUCGGAUCUGUAUAAUCCGCAGAUGAUAAUUGAGAUUUUAGAUGUAACGCUGUGCAGUCUAUCGCCGGAUAAGUCACACAUUUUACGCAUCAGCGCUGUUCGCGCCUUGCACGGGUUUCUUCAAGCCAAUGAAAAUGUUGAGGGGGAGAAACGCACACUGCUCGUCUCCAAGCUGCCUGGUUUUCUAGACGGUAUCAUGACCCUAGUGCCUGGCUGCAAGGCGACUGUUCUAGCGCUGAUAAUGGAGGCUCUUACGAUGAUGGUCAAGUUUGAUGCGGACUUUGCAUAUGCGGCGCAUCCUAAAAUCACACCAUUGACCAUCGCAGCAUUUCUUAAGUAUGCAGAGGAUCCCUUUGUUUUGGAAAAUGUUCAAGAUCUGAUCAAAGCGCUUUGCCAACGCAAAGAGUGUCUGGGACCGCUGCAAGAGAAAUUCAUACCGACCAUUGUUAGCAUACUUGCGUUGCAAGGUGAGCAAUGUGGCGAGAAGCAGGAUAUUGCUCUGGAUGUGCUUAACACAAUUGUCCGGUACACGGAGCCGCCGUUGCCCAAUGCUCUGCUGGAAAGUGCAUUUCCCGCCAUGAUCAACUGUGUCCUGCAUACGGACGAUCACACCGUAAUGGUUGCCGGCGGGGAGUGCCUGCGUAGCUUUAUCAAUGUUUCGCCGGAGCAGAUUUGCAACUACAAAAACGGCGAGGGUGUCAACUAUGUGAUGCAGGUUGCAACGGUUUUGCUAAAUCCCAUGAAUGCCGAGAUGACGGCUGGUGGCCAGAUCGGUCGACUGAUUAUCACCAUAAUCACUAAAAUGGGCAGCAUGCUGGGCCAAACAGUCGAUAUGCUUCUAAAGGCAGUCAUUAGCAAGAUGCAGAACCUCGAGUGCCUGAAGGUCAUUAUGAAUUUGGUGCUCAUAUUCGCUCAUCUCUUCCUUACCCAAAUGGAUGCGGUGCUUAACUUUUUGUCUACGGUUCCCGGACCCAAUGGCGAGCCUGCUUUGCAAUUUGUUCUUACCAAUUGGCUGUCACGUCAAAAUUCCUUCUUUGGGGCAUACGAGCGCAAAGUUACCACCAUGGCGCUCUGCAAGCUUUUUGAAUAUGGCGUUGCCACGCAGGAUAAUCGUCUGACGUCCAUAACGUACAAGGAACUAGUAGAGGAACCGAGCGGCGAUCGCAUUCGCACUCGCUCAGUUGCGUCGAGCUAUCAAAAAUGGGUUACAAUUCCCGCACUUGUAAAGAUUUUUAAAGUUCUCAUUUCCGAGUAUCAGCACUUUCAAGAAGGUAAAACAGAUGCGCCACUUACAGACUCUGAGGAUGAAGUAACCGAAGAAGAUGACGCUCCUGGCAAUGCCAGCAAACCGCGCUACAUUUCUGACUUGUGUUUUGAUUUCGACGAGGACAAUGUCGAGGAUGAGCAAGUGCUGCAAGUGCUGCUGAAAGAGUGCAACUACACGGGCGACAUUGGCGAAAAUUUACAAAAGUUUCUCACCAACUUUACUCAAAACGAACACUUUCCCACGUUUUACGAGCAUCUCAAUGAAUCCGAACGGCUCAUUCUGCUGACUAAGGCACAGCAAAAGUAAAUUAACAGUCUCCAACGCAGCUAUAUGAAUUCUAAAGCGCAUGUCUUACAGCCCAUUGUGUUAAUCGUAUUUAAUAUUUGUUAUAAAGCAUUUAAU